UUUUCUUAUCUGUGUAAACGUCGUUGUUUAGAACGUUUAGAAUCCUGAUCAAAAGAAAAAAUGCAACCAGAAAAGUUGAAAGAAACAUUUUGCAGGCUGUGUCUAAAUACUAUACGGGAUAUAAAUUGCCAAGUAAUAGAGGACGACAUCAUUGGCGUUCUAGAAAGUGUUUUGCUGAAACUGAACUUGGAGGAAAGAUGUAGUCAUUUCAUGUGUAAGGAGUGUUCCGUAAAACUAUUUGCUGCUUUUAAUUUUAAGUCGACAUUUAUGAAUACUGAGGAUAUUAUUUUUUCUUAUAUUAAUGCCAGUGAAGCGUCAGUAAUUGAUUUAAAAGAAGUUUAUCGCAAGGAAAAAGGAAAUAUUAAGUUAAUCGAUAUGUCCGAAGAUCAAAAAAUUUGCCGAUUAUGUUUUCAGAUGACAAACGGAUUUGUACCACUAAAUGAAGUGGAGAUUGACAUAAUUCGAACACAUAUACCAAAAGUAAACAUCAAUGCUACUAGGGAUCCUGUUAUAUGCGGGUCAUGUUUUGAUUCGCUUCAUACUUAUCGCGGUUUUUUAAAAAACUGCCUUGAGGCACAUGAAAAAUAUAAAAACGAUAAACAGUCUUACAUAAAAACUGAAGAGAUUGAAAUAAAACUGGAAGAUGGUCAAGAUGCUCAGGAGAAAUAUAAUAACACUAAUAAGCAAUUUUAUUUUAAAUCUGAAGAUAUAGAAGUAAAGGUAGAAGAUAAUCAGGAAGGUGAUUUAAAUUCCUGGGACUUAGGUGACGAAACAAAUGAAAAUAAAAAGAUGUACGCUUCUCAAGAUAUAGAAGAAAUAAAAAAUGAAUAUAUGCUUAAGUGCGAGACAGGGUUUGUUAAUCAUUUAAAAGGUCAUCAAUUAACACAGAAAGAUCCUUUGAAAAUCCAAAUGCACAAGUGUGAUGAAUGUACUUACGAAACUAAACAUAAGAGCCAUUUGAAGAGACACCAGUUAUUGCAUAAAGACUCUUCAGAAAUCCAAACAUACAAGUGUGAUAUGUGUAAUUUUGAAACUAAAUAUAAAGAUGCCUUGAACAGGCAUCAUAUAAAGCAUAGAAAUAUUUCAAAAAUUCAAAUGUACACAUGUGGUACAUGCGGUUAUGAAACUAAGCAUAAGAGUUAUCUGAAAAGUCAUGAGCUAAAGCACAAAGACCCUUUGGAUGUCCAAAUGUACAAGUGUGAUGAAUGUAGUUAUGAAACUAAACAUAGGAGUCCCUGGACAAGACAUAUGUUAAUACAUAAAGAUUCUUCAGAAAUCCAAAUGUACAAAUGUGACACUUGUGCUUAUGAAACUAAAUAUAAGAGUACUCUAAAUGUACAUCAUUUAAUACACAAAGACCCUUCUGAAAUCCAAAUGCACACAUGUGAUAAAUGCAAUUUUGAAACUAAAUAUAAGCGUGCUCUGGACAGGCAUCACAUAAUGCACAGAAAUAUUUCAAAAAUUCAAAUAUACAAGUGUGACACAUGUAGUUAUGAAACUAAGCAAAAGGGUAAUCUGAAAAAUCACUUAAAGCACCAUUCGGAAAUCCAAAUGUUCAAGUGUGAUGAAUGUAGUUAUGAAACUAAACAAAAGAGUCAUUUGAAGAGGCAUCAGUUACUGCACAAAAACUCUUCAGAAAUCCAAAUAUAUAAAUGUGGUAUGUGUAGUUUUGAAUCUAAAUAUAAGGAAGCCCUGAGCAGGCAUCAAAUAGUGCAUGGGAAAACUUCAGAAAUCCAAAUGUACAUGUGUGAUUCAUGUGGUUAUGAAACUAAACGUAAGGGUGAUCUGAAAAGUCAUCAGUUAAGGCAUAGCGACCCUUCAGAAAUCCAAAUGUACAAGUGUGAUCAAUGUAGUUAUGAAACUAAACAUAAGAGUCAUUUGAAAAGACAUCAGUUAUUGCACAAAGAUUCUGAAAAUGCAAAUAUGCAAGUGUGACGUGUAGUUACUAAAUAUAAAGAUGCUCUAAACACACAACAUAAUUCACAGAAAUAUGUAAAAAAAUACAAAUGUACACAUGUGAUGUAUGUAAUUAUAAAACCAAACAUAAGAUCUGUAAAUAUAUCAGUUAAGGGACAAAGGUCCUUUGGAAAUUCAAUUGUACAAGUGGGACAUACACAGUUAAAUGCCAAAUGAAGGAGUAGUUUGAAGAGGCAUUUUUCAACACAAAGAGGAAACUCAAAAUGUACACGUCUGAUGUGUGUACUUACAAAACUAAAUAUAAAUAUGAUGCAAAUAGAUAUCAGUUAAUGAACAAAUAUAUACUGCAAGGUUAAACAUAAGAAAUAUAAAAAAAUCAUCAGUAAAUGCAUGUAAAGUUUUCAGAAGUCCGAAUGUACUGUCAGUAGAAGGCACAAAUAACUUAAGCAUUUUUAUUCUUAACUUCAUAUAUAGUAUCAAUAUUUAAAAAAAUAAAAUAAACAAAAAUUUAAAAAUAAAGGAAAUUUAAAAGUAAAA